AUGGAUCCUAAACAUUUUCCGCGAUUUUCUCGUAUGAAAAAGAAGAACUCGAAAAAAAAUCAGCAAGAAACAUCGACUGAAAUGCGUCGCGGUUCGAGUCUUACUAACUUAAACGAAAUAUUAAAAAGUUUACCAGAUUUAGUGAGGUGCACAACGACAGAUCAACAACUUUUCGUUAGCUCUGAUGAUUACCUUCAGACAAGUCCAAAUUUGUCGAGAUCACUGAGAGCUAGCAGUAAUGCUAUGAGCGAGAAAGGUGGCAGCUUUGGAGAUCUAAUGAAUAUGAAACAGUUCGGCAGCAGCUCUUGGAGCGUUCGCAGUGAAACUUUGGUUGCCCUUACUGUCCCUCUAUCUACAGUUACACCAAGAGGCUCGUUUAGAGAGGAAGAAGAAUGUACUAAUGGUACAAAUGGUAUCUUAACGGUUUCUGAUGAUUGCUUAACUUCCGAACAACGAACUCUAAGAUUAUCGAAACUGUUAGCACAACACAGAAGAGUAAAAAAUGUUAAAUGUAAUCUGGCUCUACAAACACCACUUGUAGGAUAA